AGUUUUCUUUGCUGAUACAUCCGGUAGAGGAUGCCGAACAGAGAAGGAGGUUCUGCUGUUCCAAGUCGUUCUUCGACAGAAACCUGUCACCCACACACCAUCCAUCGCCUGCAAGUGGCCAUCAUCAAGUCAGAAGCUCGAUCGACACAUUGCAUGAGGACAAAGGCGAUGCAGCACUUCGUAGCCUACGAGGUGAUCUGCUCGCUGUCCGCCCACGGGUCGCACCCGAGUCUCAAGUGGCAGGUCUGGCAUCGCUACAACGAGUUCAGGGAGUUCAGGGACCGCCUCGUCCAGAUCAAUCCGAAGUCGUUUGCCGACUUGCAGUUCCCUCCGAAACGAUGGUUCUCAGGCAUGUCAGAAGCGACGGUAGAUGAGAGGAAGGCUGGCCUUGAGAAGUACUUGGAGGAUGCUAUACAGAGAUGUGAGAAGGAGGACGAGGCAUUUGUUUUCGACGCUUUCUUAGAGAUCAGCAAGCACAACCGCCCACCGCAAACGAAUCAGCUGACAGACAGGAGGGAAAAGCAUCUACGACUGGAGACAGACUCUGUCAAUCAUAACACGACUGAAGACAUCAUGUUUGCUGAGAACAUCCGGCGCUGCGACACGUUGACGAGGAUGCACGAUAGAAAGCCCUCUCCUCCCGCUCGAAUUCCGGGGUUCAACCAGAAUGGAAGUGAAGCAUGAUUAAAGUUAAUUUUGACUCG